ACCGACCGACCGACCGACCGACCGACUGACUGCCCGGCCGGCAGGGGUGUCCGCGGCCGCCAUGGAGGUGUGCGAGAGCGGCGGGGAGCAGCCGCCGCUGCUGCACUGGGACCGCAAGCUGAGCGAGCUGUGCGAGCCCGCAGACCCCGAGACGCUACUGAGCCACACGCACUUCACAGAGUUCCUGGAUGAAUUUUCACCUGAUGUCCUAGGCCAGCUCUUGAAUGAUCCCUUCUUGUCUGAGAAGAAUGAAAUAAUGGAGGUGGAAUUGUCUCCAGCAUCCCCAGCGCCCCUCAUCCAGGCAGAACACAGCUAUUCCCUGUGUGGGGACUCUCGACCCCAGUCUCCCUUGACCCACAUCUCGACUGAUGACAACUUCAAUGAAGGUGACCUGGAAAAUGAGGAAUGGUGUCUGGCUACAGAGUUUACUCCAGCAUCAAUAAAGACCGAGCCAGGGUUGUGCGAGACAUCAGGCCUCGCUCCCUCCAUCAGUCUCACCGUCACGGCCACAUCACUGGAGGGAGAACGACCUGAACUACAGACAGAUGCCCUGAUGAAACCACUGACCCAGAAAGUUCUUCCAGAGAUUAAAUUGGAGCCCCAUGAAGUGGAUCAGUUCCUGAACCUCUCUUCUAAGGAAGCAGUGGAUCCCCUGCAUUUGCCUCCAACCCCCCCCAGCAGCCAUGGCAGUGACUCUGAAGGAGGGCAGAGCCCAGCCAGAUCACUCCCUCCUUCAAGCCCAAUCCAGCUACAAGCCACGGCUAAAGUUGCGUCACGCACAACUUCAGUACUGUCCAAUUCCCCUCUCCUGACGGCACCACAUAAACUACAGGGGACUGGCCCCCUCAUCCUGACAGAGGAGGAGAAGAGGACGCUGAUAGCGGAGGGCUACCCAAUCCCUACCAAACUACCCCUGACAAAAGCAGAGGAGAAAGUGCUAAAGAAAAUCCGCAGGAAAAUAAAAAACAAGAUCUCUGCCCAGGAAAGUAGAAGAAAAAAGAAAGAAUACAUGGACAGUCUGGAAAAAAAAGUUGAGACCUGUUCAAAUGAAAACAGUGAGCUGCGUAAGAAGGUUGAAGUCCUGGAGAAUACUAACAGAACACUUCUGCAGCAGCUGCAGAGACUCCAAGCCAUGGUUGCUGGCAAAGUGUCUCGUUCAUGUAAGGCAGCUAGCACACAGACAGGGACCUGUCUUAUGAUGGUGGUACUGUGCUUUGCAGUAGUUUUUGGCAGCUUCUCUCAGAGCUAUGGGCCAUAUCCUUCUGCUACGAAGAUGGUGUUGCCCAGGCAGCAUUCUUCACCAGAGUCCUACACAGAUUCCAUUGUGAGGUCAAGGAGUCUGCUAAUUUAUGAAGAGCCUCACCAGCUGGAGGAGUCGUCAAGCCCGAUCUCCUUUGCAGAUCGCAAUGACAGGCAAACAGACACCUCCAAGUACGCAACGCUGUCCCUGGAAGCUGUGUCAGGGACACAGCAGGAUGACAUCAUGCAGUUCACAAUAGCCAACGAGACAAGGCUAGAGAAAUCAGUGCUGCUGGGCCUGCAGCAGCACAGAGUCAACUCCGAACUAGAAAGAAAUGAAACACUGAAGAUAAUUGAAAUAGAUAGAAGAGUCAAUGCCACCUCUUAAAAAUAAAAAAGGCCUUUUUUUCUUGACUUCCCUCUUUCCCACAUCUUUUCAACCAAAGUUCCCCUGACUUGUCAUCCUCAGUGAACCAAAGUACAAAAGAGAGGGAGUUCAACUUCUGCAUUGACUGGUGAGGCUGUGACUACAGAUGGGAUCUCUUGUCUUUGUAACUCCCUUCCUCACUUCACACACAGUCCCUGUCUUUGCUUUUAUUCCUUUCCUGUCUAACACUGCAAGGGCAGGAUUGAAUUAUGAUGGCAGAUGAUGCCAGCAGUGUGCCAGUGACUGGUGGGUGUGUGUGCCACAUGCACACAGCCUGGUCUGAGCACAAAGGCAUUCUGUAGAAGAGUGAAAUAUGCAAAACCAACAGGAGCACGUGGGUGAUAGUUUUCUUGGGAGAAGGUAGCUGAAGGAGAGAGAGGAGGUGCAGCAUGAUGGUGCUCCAAAUCUAAUCACAGCUCUGUGCCUGCUGGUCUACAGCACUUGAGCCUUUUGUGGGGAUUGAGAAGUAUGUGUUUAGCCUACUUCUGAAGGGACAAGAAAGGGCCCUGAGACUGCUGAGCUCAGAAUACAGGCAGGAGAGGGAUGGGCAAUGAUGGUGCUGAAUUGUCCUCCCCUAGCUCUUUCUCUUCUCCUUUAUCAUUUAGUGGGGUUGGUUUCUUUGUGUGCUGAAAGCAGUUCUGGUAGGCUUCCCUGCUUCCACCCCUGAGAAAUUAGGCAAAGAUCAGUCACUGUCUUGUCACACUUUGUGUGGGAGAACUACACUAGUUUAACUAAAUCUGUUUAGAAAGCAGAUUUUGUUAAAUUUAUGCAAUGUUUUAGAUGGAUGCCCUUUAGUUUGCUUAAGGCUAAUCUAUUUAGGUUGUAUCAGUUCCUUCCCAACAAACUGAAUCAAUGUAAGGCUUAAACCAUAAGUGCCUCCUGAGAGGACGAUAUGGAUUUAAUUUAUUGGCCUCUAGAUGCAUUGACGGAAUUUCUUAUGUAGACCCAGUCUCAGAUCGUCUUGUGUUUUCCUUUCCUUGCCAUCUUCCUGUUACUGUUGUAAAUAGUAUUUAUUAGCUUUGCAAAAUCUUGCUCAGGCAGUUGCAAUGAAGAGAAUUGAGCUUCCCUUAACCCUGCAGGUGAUCUGAGCAAACUCUAAAAUCUAACACACAAAUAUUACUGAAUACCCAUUCCCUCCCCUUAAACUUGAAUUGUUCUAAAAUAAAGCCAUGUAUCUUAUUUUCCUCUGUGGAAAGAUACAUUAUGACAUCCUCUUACCUCCUUUUCCAGAGAUGUGAUCUCAGACCAACUGCUUUGUUGAAAAGACAGGAGUAUAGGUAGCCCCAGCUAGGCACAGUCCUGAAGGUGGUAGAUACUGUAUUAGCUGUAUGGCAAGGCAACCUCUGAGCUGAGGAGUUGAUUAUGUAAGCAGGAGACCUGUGAAUAGAGGGAUGAGAUGAGCACAUAGGGAAGUGAAGUGACUGGCCCAAGUUCAGUGGAAAAGGCAAGUAUUCAGGUCUGAUCCUGGUCCAGUAGUCUUCUCCCUGCUUUGUUUCUUCCUUGUCCUGUGUCACUGUUGUCUUUUAAGUGUCCUCUCAAUACCCUGGUCAUGCCUUUGCUGGAGCUGUGCUUCUUGCAAUUUGUCCUUGCAGUGGCAUAAUUGAACUUACCCCAGGAUUUGAGCAGGGUUUUAUCUGGUUCCUACAGAAGGGCACUCAGGCUCCAUUGAGAUGGAUUUAAUAUGAAAAUCCUAAUUCAGCAGGCUAGCAUAGCUACUUUACAGUUUACCAGAAGAAGUCAAUUAAAAAAAAAGAAUUUGAAGCUCUUUUGUCUUUUAUUUUUUUCCUAAUGAUAAAUAAGGGAAAAACUAACCUAGCCUUACAAGUAAUUUUUUACUAUGUACAGUAGAUAUUUCCUGCAAGUAUUCUAUUUUGUAAAAUACUGGAUUUGUAUUUUAAUACUGCAGCUAUCACACCAGCUCCUUUCGUGUUCUUCGUUCUCCUUAGACUUUCUUCCCUAUUUGCCAUCCUCGGGCCUGACUCAAAACUCAGAGAAAUGAAUGGAAAGUAUUUGGUGAAUUACAGGGGACUGUGGAUCAGUUCCCAUUGUGUCAUUUUAAGAAGGUGUUUCACAUUAGUGACAGUGAAACAUGUGCCUGACUCCAUGAGCUAGUAAUGAGUUUUGGUGUACAGAUGUGCUUUCUAUGUAAUGCCCUAUUCUUCUAUGCAAGUGCCUUUUUAUUAUUUUACCUGAGGUGGCAGUGAGAGGGGAAGUGCUGUUGUAGUCUAUGUUGCAGCUGUUCCCUUCUUGGCAUGGGUCGAUCACUGCCCUAAAGUCUGUCUCCCUUCACAGUGAUCCUCCUGGGUCCUCUGAAUCAUUCCAGUAUCUGUCAACAACUUUUGUAUGAGUCUGUUUUUUCUUUUUGAAUGGUUUAAGGCCUCACAUAAACAGUGACCACCAGUGGGUGCCACGAGGGAUGGCUGCAUUGCUCAGCCACUUGAGGUCAGCAAAGUGACAGGAGAAAGCUGGGAUUGACCCUUCCAUUACCUUAUGGCUGGUCAGCAUAAGUGCACAAGGUCAUAGUUUAGGAAAUUCCUUAGAUGGUCUUUUUUUUUCCAGAGCACCAAUGGUUUGCCACCUCUGAGGGCAACUGAGUGGUUAAAUGUUCUGCAGAAGAGGUUCCAAGCUGAGAAGUGCAACACCACUUAUCAGUCUUGCAGUUUGUACUGUGUGUAUAAGCAGGAGGCCUCUCUGCCUGAACUCAUGCCCAUGACCAGUUAAAUGGAUCACCAACCAGUGUAGAUACAGCUGACUUCAAUGUCUUAAAUCCAAAAUGGAAUUAUUUCUCAGUACUCACAAGACAGAUAAUUUUGCACAACGAAAACAGCCCCUCCUCUCCAAAAUGUACUGCACUUGCCACUGUUAAAACUUUGCCCUAUUUUUUGCUUAAUUUGGGAAUGUCGGUUCAAAUCUGGUUGGGAGACAGUCAUGUUUUCAUCCAGAGCAUUUUAAAUGGCCACAGUCUAGGUCAGGCCUCAGUACUAGUUCAUCCAAGCCAGUACGGCUAUUCCUAUUUUCUUGCAACUGUUUGAUAAUCUAUUUCUAUAAUCUUAAUUUGUGUAAUCCUUCAAGUUAUUUUUAGGUACUCUUUUGGGGAAUCUCUUGACCUAGCACACACAUUGCUUGGGGAUUUAUUGUAUUACAUGUUACUUUUUAUAAUAAGGAAAACCUUUACUUUACUUGGGUAUGUUUGUGAGCAUUUUUCUUCAGGGGCCUUAAUAGAACAGGUUUCUCUGCUAGAUACUGGGGGCCGAGGAAUCCCCUGUCAUCACUUCCUCACAGGCUGUUGAGCAGCAAGGACUUCACUGUCUCCAGAGGUAGUUUGUGCCCAUGUUAUGUACCUAGCAGGGGGAUGGGGGAGGCAGGACAGUGCCAUUGCACUGCCAGCCUCAGCAGCCCAGGGGUGACCCCAGUGUGAAUGUUGAUGCACUGCACACCAUGUGCAGAGGAAGCUUAUGUGCUCUGUGUUAAGGGCAUAAGGAAGGAGUACUUAGGUGUAUUCAGGGAGGAUGCCAGUGUAAGUGCUUUUAAUUAGCUCAGCUCUAUUACUUGAGGUCUUAGCCUUCUGCCAGUGUGCUUUUUCCCGUGAUCAGUGACUUGGUGCUGUAGAAUAAUGUGUGUGUAUGGAUGUGGUAAGCAAAGGCCUUACAUGCUACUUAAUUUCCAUUUCCAGUAGAGGACUUAAGUGAUACUUGGAGUCCUCAGCUGUAACAUUAUGGUGUUUGUCAGCACAGUUUUAUACACACUAGUAAACUUACCUUUUGGCCUGUAGCUUUAAAGCAUGCCUAGAUCUGUCAGGUCUUUGCUUCUAGGGAGAUAAGCUAUGAAUGAAAGUAGGGCAUUAUUUUAUAUAUAUAUAUAUAUAUUUAAAAACUAUCAAGCACAGGGCAUGUGCUGUUUCUAACCUUGUUACUAGUGUGUAGAUAAUGUUGGUGUUUCUCCCCUGGGCUAUUUAUAGUUCUUUGCUGCAUUUCUUUCAUUUCAUCUGUACCAUUCAAUAUUUUUCAGCAGCACAGACUAAUGGAUUAGACUGAGGUUCUUAGGCCAGAUCCCACCUGAUACAACGCAGCACACUUCUCACAUACUGCUCUUGGGGGUGCAGGUCUGAUUUAUACUGACAGGGGACCUCUUCCAUAUCUCUCUGUGUAACAGUGUAUCUCGAUGUAUUCUUGAUUUUUCUAACGUGGACUAAAAAUUAAUCUAAACCCUUUUUUUUUCCUACUGAAGAAACCAACCCACCUCUCUGCUCCCAUCCCCUCAAACUAUGAGUGGUAAAUUCUGUCUAGACACAUUUAAAAUGUAGGUCAAGUAAAAGAAGGAUACUAAUUGCUACGUUGGGAGGGAUUUCCACUGAGUAUUUGGGCUCUAGAUUCUAACUAGUGCCAAGAGGCCAUUGUACAAAACCCACGCAGUUGAGAACAGAGGAAUACGGCGUAUUUUUAUACUCUUGGUGACUAAAAUAUUUCUUUCUCGAGUCACUAAUUAAAAAGGGAACAUUUUGUGUUCUGAAGGUGAAAUGAUAGGUCAGAACUUCAUAGCUACAAAAGUUAUACUAGCCUAUAUAAGUAGUAUAGUGCUGUGAUGCAUUGCUGGUUUGCACUAUAUAGUGUUAAGGAUUAAUAACUUUGGGGGUUGCAAAGAUGAAUGGAUUUACAUGUUAAGUAAGGUCUUUACAAAUAAAAUGUAAGGAUUCAAUCAAUACUGUAGCUUUCUCGUGGCCAAUAAAAUGACAUUGGGCAUUCAGAGAUAUGUUGAGGGUGUGAUCCCAGUUAGUAGUACCACAUUGCUUGGGUGAUCAGCAUCCACUGGAGAUGCUCUCCAGUGUUGAGAGGGAAAUUGCAAUUCGUUUUUGUCCUUUUCAUGUCAGGCCUUUUUCUGCUUUUCCAAGGUGUAUAUAUAUAUAAGAGUUUAAUUGCUGUGUAGAAGAGAGUGCAUCUUGCAGAAACCUCUAAUAUGUGAUGCUGAAAUGGAGUCUGGAUAUUCUUUAUUAGUAGUAGUCUCUUGUCUACCCUAAAACCAAUCUCCAUACUCUUUCUCCAAGAGCUUCAACUGAACAGCUGAGAACUGAGCAUGGGAAAGCUAGAUUUGUAGACCUGUCUUACAGAAGGUGUGAAAUAAAGGGCAGGUGAAGGGACCUGACAUCACAGGGAAACCUAGUUCUUGAUUCCAUAAAUCAGCAAUGAUAGCCUCUGUCACUAGUUCCCUGCUAGGUUUAGCUUUACUCCUGUUCCCCUUGCUCUUUAAUAUUACACAGUCCUGUUUAUGCAUAUCUGACCUUUAUGUUAUAUGCCACUUUCCCCUCCAAACAGCAAGUAAAAAUCUUUUUGAACUUUAGCAGUCCAUAAUGAAGGGAGUGGAAGAGGGAGAGGGGGAAGCAGAGGCAGGUAAUCAUUUUCUUUUAACAGAACUCAGCUCAUAUCUGACUUUGCCAUACCAGAUUUUAAUUCAGCGGUGCUGAUGUAACAGCGUCUUGCUUUCUUCAUUUGUACAGUCAGCAAGAAUGAGUGUGAGCAUGUGUGUAUCUGUGCAGAUGUGAAUAAUUAAAAGAAAUCAACAACACAGGGUUGUUUCCUUAAUGUAAUAAGUGUCACUAAAUAAAGGCAUCUACCUGAACACACAGGGCGCAUUCGGCUUGGUGCAACAGGAAAUCCAGGCCUCCCUCUCUGAAACCUGUUGAACAUUCCACAUCACUGAGCACUCAUAAAGCUGUUGUGUGAAUUGCUGUCUGAAGACUGUGCUGUGAUUAAUUGUCGACUGAAUGUUGUUGCACUGUGUCAUUUUGUGUGUAUGCCUAGACUGUCUGGCCUUUCUGUAGGACAGCUCUGGCUUGGUUCAAAAAAAAGAUUAUUUUAGGCUUUAUUGUAUAUUCUGGUAUCAUUUUUGUUCUGCAGAAUUACGGCUUUGAAUCUUUUUUUUUUUUUUCUUUUAAGUGAUGUAAGUUAGCCUUAAAAGGUGGCCCCUGGAAGCCGAUUGCUCAAGGAACACAGUUUCUUGAGCUGGUCUUGUGGGAGAGGGUCCCUCCUUCUGUGGGAGUGCUACUGCCCUGACAGCCCCAUGGGCACAUUGAGGGGAAGCAGUUUGCUCUCAGAGGGCCAUGCUGUGACACAAAUACAUCAGAGUUUUUCUAAGAUUUGCUAGGCCUUCCAAGGGUACGUUACCUGGUGUUACUCUCAUGAAGAGAAAUACAUAUCCAGGGCCAAAUCCAUUGCCUUGGGCCAUGCAAAACAGCACCUUGUGAUUGAGUCACUCUGCUGUGACACACCUAAGGCACUUAAGUUGAUCUUUUCCCUUUCCCCUUGUUCACGGGAAUGCAGUAUGAGUUUGUGCAAACAUUUUAAACUAUCUAAGAUGACAUGGACAGUGAUACUAGUGCAAAAGCAUGUCCUCCAGAACUCCUUGGUAAACUUCAUUGGGGCUUCUUCUGACUGCAGAUGUCUCUAUUCUCUUGGCAUGUCUAUUUAACUCUGUGUCUGUGUGUACAGUGGCCUCUAUUUUUGUACAAGUGCUGUCAUCUGGAUGUGAUCCCACCUGAUUGUUAACACUGCAAACAUGUCCAUUGGGUGGAAAGAAAUUGCUGGUUUUCCUUUUUAAAUCAUCUGCCUGAUUCUACGAGAGAACAGACUACCUGCUUUUGUAGCUUAAAUAUGUAUGUAGCGAAGUAUGUUAUGCUUUUCAUUUCUUGCAAAUAAAUAUUUUCUGUAGAAAAAGCAA